GUUCAACCCAAUUAGUCUUUUUCUUUCUCUCUGGUCUCUACGGUGGUCUGUACGGACUGUGUUCUCCGAAGUUUAUACUUUUAAGGGUACGAAUGAGUUAUUUGGGGGUUGGAAGCAGUCCUGGAAACGUAGCUGUCUACCACGGGGGCAAGAUGAAGCUACUUGAUCGGAGACUGAGGCUAACGGAGCUGCUCUUAAGGUGCUCGGCCACUGUCCUCGCUCUACUGGCUCUUAUUCUGAUUGUUACAGACACUCAGGUCAAGCAAAUCUUUACAAUUGAGAAGAGGGCCAAGUACACCGACAUGAAGGCCCUUGUGUUCUUAGUGGUCGCCAAUGGGAUAGCUGCAGCUUAUUCUUUGUUGCAGUCAGUUCGUUGCGUGGUGGGUUCUAUGAAAGGAAGCGUCUUGUUCAACAAGCCCCUUGCUUGGGCCAUUUUCUCCGGUGAUCAGGCGAUGGCUUACAUGAGCGUGGCAGCAAUAGCAGCAUCAGCAGAGUCUGGUUUGAUUGGUAUAAGAGGCGAGGAAGAGCUGCAAUGGAUGAAGUUGUGCAAUAUGUUUGGCAAGUUCUGCAACCGAGCGGCUGGAGGAACCGCAAGCGCCUUGCUUGCCUCUGUUGCUAUGGUUUUCGUCUCCUCCAUUUCUGCUUUUAGUCUCUUCCGGUUGUACGGUUCCACCCAAAGACAGCCAAACGUUGCUGUGAUGAAGUAAAAACAUCUCUUUGUGUUUGGUAGUGUUGAAAUGUUGUCGUUAAGAAUCCAAAAAGAAUAGUGAGAGUGCAGGUCUUUUGUUUUUGCUUUCGUAUAUCAUCUUCUUCCUCCUUGUGUUAAACCGAUGGUGUUCUCUGUGACAUAUUAUAUAUGUAAGACUGGACCUUAGUGUUCUCUGUAUCAAAAACAAAACUCUGUGGUUAAGAGAAGAGCAU